GAGAGGCAGAGCAGAGGAGGCUCAACGCAGCACCGUCACACAGCACCCUGAGCACCGCCACACAGCAGCACGCUGCACCGCCCACAGCACAGCCACUCACCCCGGAGGGAAGACGUUUCAGCGGAGGAACAUGCCGGCGAUGCCAGGGUCUCAGUGACUCUCCGCCCGAUACACAGGCUGCUCCGCGGGCUGCUCACCCUGACCCUCCGCCAGGACCAGGGACAAUUUAACAUUUAAACACAUAUUUUAUUGAAGGCUCUGUUGGAUUCUGGGUAGCAGCCAUGGGCAGCAAGACCCUGCCAGCCCCGGUCCCCCUGCACCCGUCGCUCCAGCUGGCCAACUACGCCCUCCUGCAGAGCUCCACGGGCCUCCAGCUGCCGGCCGAACACUUCCAGAGCCUCUACAGCUUCAGCGCCCUCCACGCUAUCCAGCUGCACCAGUGGACCCUGGGCUACCCCCACCUCGCCCUGCCCCGCUGCACAGUCUCCAAGCUGCCCGCCCACUUCUCCUCCAUGGCCUCCUUCCCCCUGUUCCCCCACCUGCUGGAGCCCAAGCACGACUCAACGGGUCUGUUUCAGAGCUCCAAGAACAAACCCCGCUUUGACUUUGCCAACCUGGCGGCCGCAGCCACCCAGGAGGACCCCCUGAAGGCGGAGGACCUGAGCAUGGGGGGGGGCGCCGCUCAGGCUUCAUCUCUCCACCAGACUUCCGCCGGACUUCACCUGGACCUGACCAAGCUCUCCUCCCCCGAGCGCAAGUCCAGCCGAGGCCGCCUGCCGUCCAAGACCAAGAAAGAGUUUGUGUGCAAGUUCUGUGGUCGCCACUUUACCAAAUCCUACAACCUCCUGAUCCACGAGAGGACGCACACGGACGAGAGGCCGUACACCUGUGACAUCUGCCACAAGGCCUUCAGAAGACAGGACCACCUCCGGGACCACAGGUACAUUCAUUCCAAAGAAAAGCCCUUCAAGUGUCAGGAGUGCGGGAAGGGCUUCUGCCAGUCCAGGACGCUGGCGGUCCACAAAACACUACACAUGCAGGUCAAGGAACUGAAGCCAGCCAAGAUCAAAUGAGUCACUCUGCCAGCAGGGGAGGACGGGGACACUGGAAAAACACGACCAAAGACAACAACAGUCAAAGAGGCAGAGCGCUCUGCUUCCGUGGGAAUACUCCUCAAGGAUGAAAUAUUUCACCAGCCAAUUCUGAAAGGAAUA